UCAAAGUGUCUACAGGCUGCUAAACCGUAUGUGAAAGGCAAUGACGAAUGUGCUAGUUUGUGCUGUGCCCGAUGCAGAACUGCAGAGGUUGAAAAUACCAUGUGAACGGUCCCGACCAGAGUGUGCGCUGCCUGCCGUCAAAGAGGGAAACUAGACACGAGCGAUCCGCUCGGUGCGUCAGGACGCAUAAGACAACAGCAUAUGGCCCGUGUAGACUAUCCUAAUUCCAACGGGCGAUUUCAAACAAGAACUGCGCGAAUGUGACCAGUCUUCAAUUUGGGGGAAAGGCGUGAACAGAACAGAGACACAUCUGACAUUCAAGAGUCGGAUUUGCCUUACGCAGACGUUUUGCGACGGUGACACAUUUGCUCACAUGCUCACCAUCUAACCAGCGACGGACGAAACGAUUACAACUUUUUUUUUGUUAAUACUCCACCAUAGUUUAACAUUUCACUCCUCCACAACGCUGCAGCGAGUCGCAUUUCAUUAUUUCUUCCUAACAAGGACAAUGGUGUCCUUACUGUUCAUUUUGAUGCCCAAACGGGCGCAUUUUCGUGAGAAUCUGCUCCUUCCGUGAGGAUUUUUCCGCCACUGCCUUGAUCAUAUUUUAGACGGGUGGAUUUUGCCCCCCUUCUCCCGUUUUUGUCGGUUUGUCUUUAAGAUAGCCGGCCAUUAAUUUUUAAUUCUUAUGCAUCUGCACGAAGACGGUACCAGAAAGGAGCAAGCGAGUGAUAACCUGAGGGGGAGAAAGGGAGAAGGAGGCAAGUGAGGAGAGAGGCGAGAAUGAAUGAGACACACUGAGCAAUCAAGGAGAAGGAGAUUGGCGGAAUCAAGGAUCACCCCCACACCCUCAGGGAGGGUGUACGCUGAGGAAGUGCCACCCCACUCUCUUGUGCCUGCUGACCGCCUCUAAGCUUUAGCCCGGUCUUUUGCCCUGCACCCUUCUCAGCCUCAAACAUGGCUCUUGCAGCCUGGAUCAUCUUCAUCUGUGCUGUGGCUCUCAGCAGCAUUUCUCCGUCCUCGCAGGCCCUGAGCCGGUCAAUGAUGCCCUUCGGUUUGAUGCGUCGAGAGCUGGCGUGCGAAGGCUACCCGAUUGAGCUGCGCUGCCCGGGAAGUGACGUCAUCAUGAUUGAGACAGCCAACUACGGCCGCACCGAUGACAAGAUCUGCGACGCAGACCCCUUUCAGAUGGAGAAUGUGCAGUGCUACCUCCCCGACGCCUUCAAGAUAAUGUCACAGAGGUGUAAUAAUCGCACACAGUGUGUGGUGGUAGCGGGCUCGGACGUUUUCCCAGAUCCCUGCCCAGGGACCUACAAGUACCUGGAGAUCCAGUAUGAGUGUGUCCCCUACAAAGUGGAUCAAAAAGUAUUUGUCUGUCCGGGGACGCUGCUGCGGGUGCAAGUGCCCAGCUCUCAGCAGGAGGCCGAGCACCAAGCAGGGGCGUGGUGUAAGGACCCACUGCAGUCAGGGGACCGUUUGUACGUCAUGCCCUGGACCCCCUAUCGCACCGACAUGCUGUAUGAGUACGCCUCCUGGGAAGACUUCAAACAGAGUCGAGCCACCACCACCUACAAGCUGCCAAACCGAGUUGAUGGCACGGGGUUUGUCGUGUACGACGGUGCGGUGUUUUACAACAAGGAGCGCACGCGAAACAUAGUCAAGUACGAUCUACGCACGCGCAUCAAAAGCGGAGAAGCCAUUGUCACGAAUGCCAACUAUCAUGACACUUCACCCUACCGCUGGGGAGGGAAGUCAGACAUUGACCUGGCUGUGGACGAGAACGGCCUCUGGGUGAUUUAUGCCACUGAAUCCAACAACGGACGACUGGUGGUCAGCCAGGUGAACCCUUACACCUUGAGAUUUGAAGGCACCUGGGAGACGAGCUUCGACAAAAGGAUGGCAUCCAACGCCUUCAUGGCCUGUGGCGUGCUUUAUGCAGUGCGGUCAGUGUACCAGGACGAUGACAGUGAAGCAGCCGGUGACCUGGUGAUGUACGCCUACAAUACCAACCAUGGGCGCGAGGAGCCUGUCAGCAUCGCUUUUCCCAACCCCUAUCAGUACAUUUCCUCUGUGGACUACAAUCCUCGAGACAACCAGCUUUAUGUCUGGAACAAUUACAACGUGCUGCGCUACCCGCUGGAGUUUGGACCACCAGACCCCACCACUGGUCCUCUGACUACCACCCAAGUGACCACCACUCUUCCAGCAAGGCCAUUCACUUCCAGCGCCAGCCCUUCUACCGCUCGCCCUCUGGCCCCGACAUCUCGUCCCAUCGGAUCUAUCAACAAGCAUCCCGAUCUCCGACCAAUCACCGCCACUGUGCCUGUCACCCGCCGGCCACCACGCCCUCCUCAAGGCCCUGAGCCUCAUGUCUGUGAGGCCAAGCUAGUGCGUGGUGUCCAGUGGCCAACCACACAGCGAGGAGAGACAGUAGACCGCCCGUGUCCCAAAGGAUCUCUAGGCAUUGCUUCAUUUCAGUGCUUGGCGGAGCAGGUCAUGUGGAACCCGCGGGGCCCUGACCUGAGUAACUGCACCUCCCCGUGGGUCAACCAGGUGGCCCAGAAGAUAAAGAGUGGGGAGAAUGCCGCAAACAUAGCUGGUGAGCUAGUCAACCACACUCGGGGUCGAAUCCAAGCUGGAGAUGUUAGCUCUUCUGUCCGACUGAUUGAGCAGCUGCUGGAUAUACUGGAUGCUCAGCUUCAGGCCCUGAGGCCCGGAAACAAGGAGUCAGCUGGACGAAACUACAACAAGUUUCAGAAGCGAGAGCGGACCUGUCGGGCAUACAUCCAGGCGGUGGUGCAGACAGUCGACAACCUUCUCCGCCCUGAAGCUCUCGAGUCGUGGCAGGACAUGAACAGCACAGAGCAGGCGCACACCGCCACCAUGCUGCUGGACGUGCUUGAGAAAGGAGCCUUCCUGCUGGCCAACAACAUGUACGGGAACCGUUUUUCUGACCGAGCCCCCAGCGUUGACCUUGAGGUGCACGUUGUAAACACAGAGAUGGACCUGCAGGACUUGUCCUUCCCGCAGAAUUACGCCAGCGACAGCACCAUCCAGCUUUCAGCCUCCACUAUUAAACAGUACAGUCGCAACGGUCAAGUCAAGGUGGUGUUCAUUCUUUAUAAAAACCUGGGAUCGUUUCUAUCCACUGAGAACGCCACAGUGAAGAUGGAAGUGGAGGGACCCAACCAUGAUAAGAAGCGCCUCGCAGUCAACACCCAUGUAAUUGCUGCCUCCAUUAACAAGGAGUCCAGCAGAGUGUUUCUCACUCAGCCGGUGGUCUUCACCCUCAAACACCUACAGCUGGAGAAUUAUUACUCUCCGAACUGCUCCUUCUGGAACUACUCUGAGCGCUCCAUGACAGGCCAGUGGUCGUCACAGGGCUGCCGGCUGCUGGACACCAACAACACACACACCACCUGCUCAUGCAGCCACCUCACCAAUUUUGCCGUGCUCAUGGCUCACCAUGAGCCCGAUGGGCGGAUGCACGAACUGAUCCUCUUUGUGAUUACCUGGGUGGGGAUUGUCAUCUCCUUAGUGUGUCUAGCCAUCUGCAUCUCCACUUUCUGCUUCCUGCGCGGCCUGCAGACCGACCGUAACACCAUCCACAAGAACCUCUGCAUCAACCUCUUCAUCGCUGAGCUGCUCUUCCUCAUCGGCAUCGAUAAGACGGAAUAUCACAUCGCCUGUCCCAUCUUUGCUGGCCUUCUGCAUUUUUUCUUCUUGGCUGCCUUCUCCUGGAUGUGUCUGGAGGGUGUGCAACUGUAUCUCAUGCUGGUGGAGGUCUUUGAGAGCGAGUACUCCCGCAAAAAGUACUACUAUCUGUGCGGCUACUGCUUCCCCGCACUGGUGGUGGGCAUCUCUGCAGCCAUAGACUACAGGAGCUAUGGGACCAAGAAAGCAUGCUGGCUACGAGUGGAUAACUACUUCAUCUGGAGCUUCAUUGGACCCGUUUCGUUCGUUAUUAUGCUCAACCUCAUUUUCCUCAUGAUCACUUUACACAAGAUGAUCCGCAACUCUUCAGCACUCAAGCCUGACUCCAGCCGCCUGGAUAACAUUAAGUCAUGGGCUCUAGGGGCUAUUGCCCUGCUCUUCCUGCUGGGGCUGACAUGGGCCUUUGGCCUCCUCUUCAUUAAUGAGAACACUGUAAUCAUGGCCUACCUCUUCACUACUUUCAAUGCCUUCCAGGGCAUGUUCAUCUUUAUCUUCCACUGUGCCCUGCAGAAGAAGGUCCAUAAGGAGUACAGUAAAUGUCUGCGUCACUCGUAUUGCUGCAGCCGCACCUCCACCAGCAGCUCCCACGGCUCCCUGAAGAACUCCGGCCUGCGUGCCAACAACCGCUACUACAGCGGCAGCCAGGCACGCCAUGCAGCAGCCCACAGACAGAGUCGAAUCCGCAGGAUGUGGAACGACACGGUUCGGAAGCAGACGGAAUCCUCUUUCAUGGCGGGAGAUAUCAACAGCACCCCGACGCUCAACCGUGCAACCAUGGGCAACCACCUCCUGACGAACCCAGUCCUGCAGACUCGCACCGGUACCUCUCCUUACAACACGUUGCUGGCUGAAAGCUUCACCCCACCCUCACCUGGUGUCUUCAACUCUACCGGAACCUUCCGUGACCCAAAGAGUACAUUAUCCAAGGCACGUGAACCCUGCGGAAUGGAAACCUUGCCCCUGAAUGGUAACUUCAACAACAGCUACUCCCUGCGCACUGGCCCAGCAGGUGGAGGUGGGGGUAGCUGUGAUUUCCUAGGCGGUGGGGGAGGAGACACUAGCCCACCCAUCUUCAGCCAACGCAACUCAGAGACCAUGGGAGGGGGAGGCAUCCGACGAAACCUCUCCGAUGCAGCAGCCUUCGAGAAAAUGAUCAUCUCUGAGCUUGUGCACAACAACCUGAGAGGUGGCGUUGGAGCAGGAAGUGGAGGAGGUGACGUAGGGGACAGAGUGUAUGGUAGCCUCGCGAGGGGGCGAUCUCACGGCGGUGUUGGAAGGGGGUCCACUGCGGUCGGACCAGAGCCAUCUGUCAGCAUGGACGAAGAUGAGGACUUUCUAAGAGACGGACUCCAGCGCACACCACAGGAUGUAGAGCUACUUUAUAAAGCCCUGGAGGAGCCCCUGCUGUUGCAGCGUGCCCAGUCAGUCCUCUACCAGAGCGAUCCCGAGGAGUCAGAGAGCUACACAGCUGACCUCACGGAGAGCCUCGGUCACAGUGGCCACAGUGGCCAAAGUGCUGGCGGGCAGGGAGGCAACAGAGGUCCAGAAUCCCCCGCCCGUGACUCCCUGUACACCAGCAUCACCAACCUGCGAGACUCACCCUACCCUGACAGCAGUCCUGAGCCCCUGGAGGUGGUACCCCGUUCAGCUCAGCCCCCAGAGGAGCUGUACUACAGCUCCGGGAGGCCCGCCCUGGGCUCUCGCGGGGCCCCAAUGCAGACCUUCUACCAAGCCCCACCCCGGAGGCCGAGUGGGGAUGGACAUCAGGCUCAGGAGCCUUCCCACAGUGAGGGAGACGGACAGAUGCAGCUUGUCACGAGCCUGUGACUGGAGCCGCAAGGAGGAAGUUGGGGACUAAUGUGAUGGCCAGAGCCUCCUCCUAGCCCAUGUCUUUCUCUCGUCUCUCCACUUCCUGCUUGUUUGGUUGCCUUUCUUUCUCUUGACAUUUAUUUAACUAACAUAUGAGCAAACAGAAUGACUUUCUGGGGGAGUCGUGGCUAACUCUGCAGAAACAGCCUUCUAUCUCCAGUCCCCCCCCCCCCCCCCCCCCCCCCCCAUCUUAUGGAGACAAGUGAAGGGUGUUUUUCCACAGAGUGUUCAUCAUCGGCUCUCUCUGACCCAAGUCCUCUCCAGUUCCUUUGGUAUUCUAAGGCCAAGUCCAGCACUCUGAAUGUACCAAUCCAUCCCCUUUACCUUUGGAUAUUUCAAAACUUUAAAACUUUGUUAAAGUUGUUUUUGUCAUGUAAUUUCUCUUCAGAUUCUCUUCAGACAUGUCUCCGGAUAUGGGAAUAUCAUUUUAUAUUUUAUCUCAUUUCCCUUUCGUACCAUGCAUAGGUCUUUUUCAAGUCAUAAUUUGAUAGGAGUAGUUAGCUGUGGAGACAGGGAAUAUAGUACACUAUUAUAACCUAAAAAAAAGUCUCACAGAAAGCUCUUCAUUGUUGCCAAAAAAAUAUAUAUUUUAUUGAGCCAGAACAGAAACAAGAACACUGAGAAAGCAAACACACACACACACACACACACACAUACACUCUCUUAUCUAGAAGUGCUCAUUAAUGAACAUCAAAAGUGAAAACAGUGCUCAUAUAAGUAAAAGAGAGCAAGAGCUUUUGUACCAAGCAGGCUGUGGGAGCUGAUUCAGUGUAGUUGCCUUCAUUAUCUCUUGCUGUGAAUUGAACUCUGUACACAAGUGGAGUAGAGGUGGAGACAGAGACUGAGGAGGUUCCUCGCGACCCCUCCAGAGCAGCACAGCCUGCCCCCUUAAGACUGGACAAUCCUGUCCACUGUUCCCCGGUUGUUUGCUUUAGGCAUUGGAAAAGUUAAAUGACUGCCUUGCUAUUGUUUUGAAGAGAGUAUUAAAUUUGUUGACUGGGUCUACGUCCUGAAGGGGCUGCAGAACGGUGUCGCCCCCCCUCUCCCUGUACUUUGCUGUUAGACCCUAGCCAGUGGAAAGUGGACUUUCGGUGUGUUGUCGUGACAAGCGAGACUGUACACGUCACAAACACACUUGCAGACCAAUUGGUAUAAAUGUGUAUAUAGGAACCACACAUGAAUCCACUUUAUUCCUACUAUGUAAAUAGAGACACCAGAUGAUCAAAAGCAACAAAGGUAAUAAAUAAUAUGAAACAUGACUUCUUGUACUGCAACAAACUGAUGAAAGAAAAAAAUAAAAUGUUUUGGAGUUUGUGACCUGAAUGAUACACUCUAUCUCUUUCCCGAUUUGCUUGAUCUCUUACUCUUUCGCUCUUCUUUGCCCCAGUGGUGUGUCAUUCAGUGAAAUUCCUUUGUAGUCGAGUGGAGAGAGAGAGAAAAAAAGGCAGGGAUAGAGAGAGAGAAGAGGGAGAGAGAUUAAAAUGUGUAGUAGGUUUUAUUUAUGAAAAUGAAAACUGGAACAAAUCAAUCCUGGCUCAAUUUUUACGUGAUAUAAUCCAAUACAUGUCGUUAAUGUUUGACCUUUGACAUUCCCCAGGGUGGAUUUACCAAAGGCAGAGAGAGCGGGGGAGGAGGAGGUGCGGGGCAAGUGAGAUAGAUGUUGUCAAAUGUCACUCUGUGCCUCACAAGUAAGAUGACGCAUUGUGGGUGAAAGACAGCAACUCUUAAGUGGUUUUGUUUGUUUUUGUUUAUUGGACAAUAUAUCCAGGUGGCAUACAUUUAACAACAUGGGUUUUUAGCAUGUGAGACAAUGAAGCUUGUUUUGCUAUCAGAGAGUAUUGCAUUUUGCUGUUACUUGAAUAUAGUUUCAGCACUACUCCGGAGCCUAAUGUGACAAUUUGUUAUUUUCCUGUGCGCAUGUGUGGAAGUAUGAGUUGAACUGGGGGCUCGGUUGCGUGUGCACGAGUGUCGCGGUCUGUGAGCAUGUGAGUCCUCAAGUCGUGUUCCAGGCUUUUUGUGUGUCUUUGAAAGGCAAGGAGGCCCAAUCAUCUCUAGAUCUCUGUCGUUUCCUUUUCCGCCUCAAACGGAAGUUGCUUUGUCCAUGGUGUUGAGGUGCAAGGCGGACAGGGGAAGCCUGGCUGAAUCAAGAGAGUUCACACUUGACUGUACCUUGAACAUGUGACCUUAUGCAAGAGAAAUUAGCCUUCAGAGUCACUCAAGAGGCUUGCUUCAUCCAGCUAAAACCAGUUUUGACCUUUGCUUCAUUUAUUGGCAUCUGUUAUGGUUUAUUUAUAAGUUGCUGUAUAUGUGUUUGAAACAUUUAUUCACAUUGAUUUAUUCAUGACAUUGUUUUUUUUUUCUUUCUUUUUUUUACUAUCUCCUUCUAAACCUGUGGCAAGCAAAAGGGUGUGAUAUGUGGGCACAACGUGAGCAGAAAAUAAAUGCGUCCACUGCAGUGUGACAUUUGGCUGAGGUCUGAGUGUCCCACAUCUAAGAGAACCCAAAGGACAGCUUUUCAGCUGUGGCUCCUGGGGCUGAAAGAGAGAGAGAGACAGAGAGAGAGAGGGUCAAAGACAGAUAAGGGGAGGGAUUACAAGGAUUUGCCAUCUUUUCGUCUUGUUAUUCUAAUCACUUGUGCGAGUAACAUUGUGCGGGCCACAGAGCCCAAUGAGGCUCUGAUAGAAGGCCUUGGGAUCAUCACUUGAGCCAUAGGGGGAAUAUGUGCAAUACUGGUUUGACGGUACAAGACUUACAGCUUAGCUAAGGAAGUGUGUGUGUGUGUGUGUGUGUGUGUGUGUGUGUGUGUGUGUGUGUUUGCAAAUGAAAAUACAAUACUCACAUGUGUUCUGCCCUGCUGCAGCACUGGACAAGUGAAGUGCAGAUGUAAUGGCUCAGUGGUGGGGCCCUGUACCAAGGCAGCACCCACUGAUCUGCUGAGGACAACUGAAUGUAUUUUAACAAACAGGAUUGAAGAUAAACCAAUUCACUCAAGGGUGGAAGUGUUAAUGGGAAACUCAAGACGGCAGCCAUUAUCUUUUUUCCUCAUCGUUCUCAACACCAUCAUCAUUAGCUCCGUCCCACAUUGUGUUUGACAUAGCUUGCUGACGCUGAUUUCGAGUGCUCAGCUGGGACUCGCCCCGGGGAGAAACACUGUUUAGACCGACACUACCCCUGAGAGGAGGAAUGUGCGUCACCUUGGGCCUGCGUCUCCUCUUUCCAACCCCUCCCAGCUCCUCUUCCUUUUUCUCAUACCCCCCCCCAACUCAUCCACAUUUUAAUAUCAAUCUCAGUGGACUCCAUUAGUGCAGCACUUUUUUGGAAGUGUUAAUUUGCUUUGUCAAAAGCUUUGUUUACCCCAGAUUAAUAUCUCAAUAAACAGAGGAGGGCUGUUCCGUGGUAAAUGAUAGUGAUUAUACAGUACAAGGUCUACGGCCCACGCUGUCGGACCGAGGCUCACACAAUAGAGUUGUUCCACCAUUCAACGCGCCUCCAAACCUGUGAUUACAAUAACAACUCUGUGGGUACUAAUUUUCUGCAGUGAACUCACCCCCACUCUCUUUUAUUUUCUUGCUUUGUGUUUCUAUUUGCAAACAUUUAACACAGCCUCACUUUGCGUGCCAGUGGAAAACUUGACGAGUGCGCUUCUGCGUUUUGCGGGAAGUUGUUUAAAAGGUGGGAUUUCUGAUCUUUGACACGGUGCUGUUUCACCCCUCCAGCUCAGUUUCGCUGCAGAGUGAGCCGUGCCAUUGCUCAGUCUAUCAUUAGACGGUAGUGCCAACAGGCAUACAGUCUGUUCAAUUGCAGUUGACCCUUUAGCGCACGGACAGUUUUGUGUGGACCACAUCACACCGGGAGGAAGGUUCAGAGGCAGCGGGAGGUUGGUGUGUCAGCUCAACAGCGGCAGAGAAGCAGAUGGUCAUUAUAUAUCUGCGAAGACUGGCCAAAGAAGGAACAGAGCAGGGGCAACAUCAGAAGAGAUGUAUGUCACAAAUGCAGAGCGUAGCCAUAGGGAGGGAGCAGAGCUAAUGAGAGGGAUGUGCAGUGAGGCCGUGCAAGGUUGUAUCCGGAGAUCAGGAAACGGAUAAGCUACUUUGUUUCCUAUGGUUUUAUGUUUGUGGUUUCCAGAUCAGAGGUUAACGCUUCAUGGUUUAAAUAGAUCCAGCUAGCAUGUCACUUCUCAACUCAAUUCAUGAAACAAAUCUGCCUGCGAAGGGAGAAGGAUGGUGUGAUUGUUUGGUCUCAGACGCGUCCACUGCCGCAUCAACCAACUAAAGCACGAUUUUUUAGAGUGCCUGUAAAUGGAACAGGAUUUUCCUAAAGAGUUUUUUUUAAAAGACAUAUAAAAAUAAUAAUAAUAAUAAAGUAGUACUAUUUUGUUAAUGAUUUCUUGUUACAUGUCCACAUAACUACUAUACAGUACUUUUGAGGUAGCUAAGACGAGUCUGCUCUUUGUCUUUGGUGUUAUGUCCGUGGAGCUGUGCCAGCAUUUCAGGACAACUUUAAUGCAUGGGGUGGGACCUACAACACACAGAGACUUCUUGGUGGUACGGGGUUCUCCACCUUAUGGUAAACUUAUAAGGCCUAUUUUCAUAGAGAUUCCAAGAUUCCAAAACAUAUCUUUUAACUGUCACACUGACAUGUAUACAAUAUACACUUCCAGCCAGGUUAAGUCGUUUUGUACAGUGACGUGGAGAAAGAUAUGGAUCUAAUGUUUAUAUUUUAACCUUUAUUGAAACAUACAGCAGGAGGCAUGACUUUUUCUUCUUUUCUUCCACUGGGUGCACUGUCUCUGAGAGUGGGGAGGAGCUGGACUGUGCCUGCAUGAGCCUGUCCGUGGUUGUAGUUCUCCGUCUAUGAUCACCCGUCAGACAGUCCGAAAAAUUUACCACCGCAAAAUCUGUCUGUCUUCAGAGGAGGAAUAAUAGCUGGCUACAGCACGUGUGAAUGGAAUGUGCUGAGUAUCAGCUAAGGACUGUAUUAAUUAGCUCAGUAGAACUUGGUCAGUAUUAGUCAUCUCUGAAAUGCUUAGAUUCAUGAAAUCAAAUUGUUGGGUGCUUGUGGUUUUGCAUAGCAGGCUGUGUGGUAGAAAGAAUGGUCGCUGACAUUGUGCCAUAUGGGGUCCUACAUAUAGCACAAUUUCUAAAGCUUUCUGUGAUUUUUCUAUGAAGUGGUUAAUUUAUCAUGUACCAAGACAUUUGUGAACUGAGGUAAAUAUAACUUUUUGGUUCUGUUACUGUUUUCUUGCAGGAAUGAUGCUCAUGUGUCUUACUGGAUUUUUUUUUUCCUCACAGUCUUUGCUCUGACAGGUGUCUGGGCUGAAAAGGAACGGUUUUCUGUGAGUGUUUUCCUCAUUGCAGGUCAGAGCGACCUUGUAUCAGCACAUAUUAAUAAACUAUUGAAAAUACA